GGCAACCCAUGCGUGUAAACUGCCUGAUCUCUCAGGUUGAUCAAUAAUGGCGGCCUUCAUAGGCAAUCUGUUUUGUCGAAUUAGUAGUUUAUAUGGAGUCAAAGUCGGUUCUGUUCAAGCCUUGUUCAACGGAAGAACGUUGAUUAGGUUUAUCAGGGCCACGCCAGUGAUAAAAGGUGGUGGACCAACUCAAGUACUGAUGCCAGCACUAUCACCAACCAUGGAAGAAGGUACUAUAGUUACAUGGUUAAAGGAAGAAGGAGAUCCUAUUAAUCCUGGUGAUGCUUUAUGCGAGAUARAAACAGACAAGGCAACCAUUACUAUGGAUACAGAGGAAGAAGGCAUUCUAGCAAAGAUCUUAGUCCCUUCUGGCAGUGAAAAAGUGAAAGUCAAUAACCCAAUAGCACUGAUAGUGGAAGAGGGAGAAGACCAUACAAAAGUCAGUAUUCCAAUAAGUAGUGAAAGAUUACCAAGUGUUGGAGGAGAAGAAAACAACCAAAUGCUAGAGGAUGAAAACAUGCAGAGUUCAACACUAUCCUUGUCACCUGCUGUAAGGUUUCUGAUAGAUACAAACGGCCUUGAUGCCAAACUCAUUCCAGCAUCUGGGCGUGGUGGCCGUAUCCUCAAGGGUGACAUCCUUAUGUAUUUGUCAAAAAGUGAAAGUAUGACAAGUGAUAUUAAAGAGCAAACAAAAACAGCAGCUCAGGUGCCCAUAGCUAGACAACAAGUACCUCCCAUUAUGGAUAAACCAAAGCCAGUUUCCUCUGCUAAAUCAUCCAUCCCGCACACCAGAUACAGUGACAUUCCAAACACUGUCAUGCGGACCACCAUUGCUAAGAGACUAACAGAAUCAAAAAUGACAAUACCACAUGUAUAUGCAUCAGUAGAAUGUGUGAUGGAUAACUUGCAGCUAGUGAGAUCACAUUUACAAGAAAAGAACAUCAAGGUUUCAGUGAAUGAUCUGAUAGUGAAGAUUGCUGGAGUGACAAUGCGGCAAGUCCCAGAAAUGAAUGCUAUAUGGGAUGGUAGAGAAACAAAGUUAAUGGAAGAAAUUGAUAUUGCCAUUGAUGUUGCAAUUGAUGGAGGUAUUAUAACCCCUGUUGUUAGAGAUGCUGCCAACCUGGAUGUAUCACAGGUCUCAUUGGUUCUCAAGGAUCUGGCUCAAAGGGCGAGAAGUAACAAGCUUCAAGAAGAGGAGUUCCAAGGUGGUUCUUUUACAAUAUCCAACCUAGGGAUGUUUGGUAUUACAGAGUUUUUAGCUGUAAUCAACCCACCUCAAACUUCUGUCUUGGCUGUGGGUGGUACUCGUCUUUCGUUCACAUCAGAUGAAGUGAUACACAAAGUUAUAACUGUCACUCUGUCAUGUGAUGGUAGAGUUGUAGAUAAUGAGUUGGCAUCAAAAUGGCUGGAAGCUUUUAAGAAAAAUAUUGAAAACCCCACAACUGCUGGAUUAUGAAUAAAUGAUUUAAUGUAGCUAACAUACAGUACAGUAGUUGUAAUUUUACAAGUGAUUAUUAUAACUAGUGCUUAUUAGGGCACUAACUUAUCUUAUAACUACUACCCUUGUACAGAUGUACAGAGUAACGUACUAAUUAUUUUGUGGGGGGAAACAAAUUAGCUGAUACAAAUUUUGAACUUAAACUUGUGAUUUUUAUGGUAAAAGAUUAGAAUUACAUUAAGUAACUACAUUAUGUAAAUAUAUCAAAUUAGAGUAGAAAUAAAAGGAAUCCAUGUAGUGAAACAA